UUCAUCUCACUCAAGCUUAAAAACACAAGCUCAUCAAAAUCUCAGUUAAUUAAGCAUUUUGGCACAUUAGCGAAAAUGAAAGGAGCAGUGAUAUCAAUGUUGGUUGUGUUGGCCAUUGUUCAAUUCGUGAUGCCAGGAGAGGCUGUGGAUUGUGGGCAAGUGAACUCGUCCUUGGCCUCUUGCAUUCCAUUCUUGACAGGAGGGGUCGCUUCUCCUUCUGCUUCCUGCUGUGCUGGGGUCCAGAACUUGAAGACGCUUGCUCCCACCACCGCUGAUCGAAGAGCUGCAUGCGACUGCAUUAAGGCAGCCGCAGCUCGCUUCCCAACUAUAAAGCAAGAUGCUGCCUCGUCCCUUCCUAAGAAGUGUGGUGUUGAUAUUAAUAUCCCCAUCUCCAAAACCACCAACUGUCAGGCGAUCAACUAAGAUGAAAGUGAGAGCCCAAAAAUAAAGAUUUGAGAGCUUUGAAUUGUUGAAUUUUGUUUCCCAUCCUCCUCCUUCUUAGCUAUAUUUGAAUAAAAGAUUGCUCUCUGUAUGAACCCAGCUUGUACACCUUGUUCUACUGAAGCUCACGAAAUGAUAAAUGAGAACUCGUUUCACAAUA